CUCAAGAUUACUAAUACUUUUAAGCCAUUUAUAUGGAUCAAGUAAUGUCAAGGUAAGUUUGGCAUGGUGUUGUUUACAAUUUCCUGCUAUUCAGUGUUUCCUGUCAUCAUCUCUCUGGAGUUGGUAUAUAGGCACAAGUACUGAAAUUGUUACUAAUACUGGGAGGAUACUUGCAUUAAAAGCAAAUCUAGGUUUGAUUUUCACUUGCAAGAUGCAUGAUACUGUGCAUUUCAGGGAGGUUUGCUGGAUCAAGUGUACAGUAGAUUGGUGAUUCCAAUCGAUGAAGUGAUGUGUAGAAUUUUUUGAAGAGUGCAUCAGGAGAUUAAGAUGAGAAUUAGGUCCGGCUUGGUGUUUAAGAGGCUUUGAAUUUUUUGGGGAGUGCAUUUUGUUGUUAAAAGAUUUUGGUGCAAUGUUCAUUGGGCUGAAAUAAUGAAAUGCAACUAGUAAACUUAAGUUAGAACUUUCUAGUGAACAAAUAAAAAAUGAGUUGAGCUUGGUUUGUUGCAUGUUACUAUGGCUAAAGUGAACCAAGCAGAUUUUGGUUAUAGUUGAAACUUCAGCAGCUGCUUGAUCUCAUCUGUUGUCAGUGGGGGCCAGGUCUUCAGCAGCUGUUCAGGCAUUGGACAAUGCAAUGUGGCAGAUGACCCUGCAACCUCAAUAUGAGGGUGCAGAGGCAGAUAUGGGCCCUUACCCAGAAAGGCCUGGUGAACCAGACUGCUCAUAUUAUAUGCGGACUGGUCUUUGUGGCUAUGGCAUGGGCUGUCGGUUUAAUCAUCCUCCAAAUAGGAAGCAGGCUACAUCAGCUGCAAGAAAUAAAGGUGAAUAUCCUGAAAGGCCUGGGCAACCUGAGUGUCAGUAUUACAUGAAGACGGGAACUUGCAAAUUUGGUGGUUCAUGCAAGUUUCAUCAUCCAAGAGACAAAGCAGGAAUGGCUGGACGGACAACACUAAACGUUUUAGGCUAUCCAUUGCGUCCGAAUGAGAAAGAUUGUGCAUACUAUUUGAGAACGGGACAAUGCAAGUAUGGUGCUACUUGUAAAUUUCAUCAUCCACAACCAGUUAGUGCAUUAGUUCCAGUGCGUGGGACUUCACUUUUCACACCUGUACAUUCUCCAUCAACGCCUGGCCCUCAGCCUUACCCAGGAGGAUUGCCAACAUGGCCAAUUGCAAGGGCGCCUUUUAUUCAGAGCCCUCGUUGGCAAGGUCCUUCCAGUUAUGCAUCAGUUAUUCUUCCUCAAGGACUAGUGUCAGUUCCUAGCUGGAGUUCAUACCCUCAGGGGCAGGUAGGUUCAUCUCCAGAUGGUCAACAGCAAGCAAUAGGAGCUGGUUUAGUCUACGGUCCGACACCCCAAACAGAUCCCGUGGUUGCAGGAAUUCAAGGAACAUUCUCUCCUUACCCACCUGGAUCACCAGGCAUGGGACCUCCAACAUUGCAAUUGCCAUCAAGCAGUACUCACAGGGAAAGCAUGUUCCCUGAAAGGCCUGGUCAACAAGAAUGUCAAUUCUACAUGAAGACGGGUGACUGUAAAUUUGGCAUGACCUGUAGAUAUCAUCAUCCCAAGGACAGAAGUGUUCCUCCACCAAACUGUAUCCUAAGUCCUAUUGGCCUGCCUCUACGGCCUGGGGCACCAGCAUGCGGUUUCUACACCCGUUAUGGUAUUUGCAAGUUUGGACCAACUUGCAAAUUUGAUCAUCCUAUGGGAUCCUCGAUACCACUGCCAAUUGAUGUUCCAGUUGGUCGUCAUUUAUUAGGAUCGUCAUCAUCUGCUCUUGUUUCUGGUUCUUUAUCUUCAGAGUUGCCUGUGGAAUCUGGUGCAGGAAUAUAUAAGGAACGUGCUUCUAAAUCAGAUGUUCAUCAGCAGUCUUCUGGUGCUGAAGAUUUAGGGGCAGAUGAGUAGUGUUCCUUUCCAAGCAGUGAUGGGCUCUACACUUUUUGUAAGGUUAUCAACAAAGCAGCUGCUACACCCCCCUGAUGGUUACUGGAGCUAUUUGACAUUCAUUGAGCAUUGUGCUGGAGCUCUUCAUAAUUGUCGAUGUAUGUAAUCUGUCCUGAAGGCUGGACAGAUUUCAUUCACUGGAAAAUUUAUUAGCCUUUGAUUUCUGCCAUAAAAAAGAGAUACUUUUCCAGUGUUUACUCAGGCAAACAUUUCUCUUUCCUUUUUUGAAUUGACGUCUUGAGCUCCAUGAUCUGCAUAUCCUUUUGUUUUCUUCAGCUUGUUUUGAGUCUCAAUCAAUGACUCCAAUCUUCUAAGACCUUUGUCGGUUUAGUGUUUGGUAGUAUUCCUUUUAGCUUAUAAUUCAUUGUCUGUAGCUUAAUAUUCAUUUUUACCAUUUCAAAUACACAUCCAUUACCUCCCCACAAUAUUUAUAUUCUAUUUAUUAGGCUUGUAGAGUUGUAAUUAGUGCAUUGUUUUCACUGGCCUGUAUAUUAAUUAGAAAUACCAUUAUCCUCUGGGAGUUGGCAACUAAUGCUAAUUUGGGGGAGCUGUACUUUUUGGUUGUGUAGAUACUCGUAAGGUCUGAGAGUAUGUUGUCCAUCGGUAGUUGUGGUCUUUCCUUGUUGUAUUCUGUGUCCACCAUGUAUAGCUCACCCAUCCUCAUUUCUCAUCCCCUUCAAGCUAUAUAUCUGUACUAUCUUACUGCUAUUAUUUUAUUUUUUGAUUCUCAAAGGUACCUUUAAAAUGUUAAAAGAGUCCAUGUGAUCUCUCUCUGAAUUUUUAGUCUACAGUCAAGCUAAUGCGUUUAGCUUGCAAUUUCCUAUGUCCAAAUCAAUGCGACCUAGUUGGUGGUGCAAGCACAUUUACUGGAAGCAUUGAAUGGCUUCACACCCUUUUGGGUCAAGACCUGCAAAAAAAAAAGAUUUCAUAUUCUUGCCAACAGCUCUUUCGAAGAAAUGUAUUGGAAUAAGCACAGAGCCAAUUAAAAUUGUGUAAAUUCACAUGUUUUAAAGACAAUUGUCAGGUUCUCUCAUUUGCAAGAGAGAGAGAGAGAGAGAGAGAGAGAGAGAGAGAGGAGAGCUUGAUUAAAAUGAUCAACUCUGGACAUUUUGGAAACUCCAGUUCUCAAUUAUAUGUAUGGUUAUUUUCUGCACUCGGAUCCAAAAAAUGAGGAACUUUUCUCAGAAUUUGACUAAUAACACAUUUAAAAUUUCAAUUCA